AUGCUGAAGGCAGCGGCGGAGCUGCAGAGCCGUUUGCCUCGGCUCAUUUUUGCAGCGCUUGACACGUUUCCCUUGGCGGAUGGACGGGAGGGUGGCUUGGUGGCCAUCGCCAUCCGAAGCGUUUCAGCUUCCGAGCGCUUGGACAGCACGGUGGUGAGUGCUUUGCAGGACUUAGAGCAGGGAAGUCGCCAGGUGCAACAGAAGGCACGGCAGAUCCGGCUGCAACUUCCGGAUGAGGAUUCUACUCUGGAUUUGACUGUGAAUUACCACGAGUUACUGGACUUCAGAAGUUUGCUACAAAAAGGCGUGCCAUCAGCAGUGGAAACAUUUCGUCAUGCACCCGAUUCAGCUGAAGUCUUACAUGCGACUGAUGAGUGGUGGGAGCUGAAAGCAUCACUUGCAGAGGCACUUGCACCUGAUCAUAUCACUGCGACCAAGCCGUACAUGAAAGCCUGCUUGGGAGCUGCAAACUCCUUGCUUCCCAAAGGGGAGAAUGACAAGAGAUCCAAUCACGCAGAAAAAGGAUCUGGAUAUCAGCCCGGGAACUUGACUCCGGUGGCUAUGCAGACCAUUCCUUUGCUGGCAAAGCGAGCAUCAUCGGACCAGGACACGGCACAAAUCAAUGCUAUGGAGCAGUCCGGGGAAUGGUCUGUAGCAGCAUGGAAGGAGCUGCUGCAGAGGCUUUCGGCAGCUGCUGCAGAAGCUCCCUUGCCCAAGCUCAAGUGUUUGGACCUUUGGUGUGAAAAGCUUCGCGACAGCGAAUAUGAGGCGUUCAAGCAAAGCUUGCAAACUGUUGAUGUGCAGUGCGAUGCCCUACGUGAAUGGCAAAUGAGACUGGCAAAAAAAGGCCCUUCACUUGCCGAGGCCAGCACUGGUCUGGCGGAUCAGGAGUCAGCAGAGGCAAUGAAAUUAGUCGAAGGUGUCAUCCCUGCUGGCUCGGAAUUGGUCUUCCUCGCACAGACAGGUAGCUUCAUGUACGACUUGCAAGUGGCAACAAGUGACAUGGACUUCGCCCUCAUCUACCAAGCAUUGCCAAAAAGCUUGUUGAGUUUUAACCCUCCCCGGGACGAGUUUUCGCAUCACGAGCACAAGGCCUUUGCCUCUGACAAAAAGGGCGACGUGGAGUACACCGGCAGAGAGUUGGGAUUCUUCAUCACCAACCUGGCCAAAGGCAACCCCACCAAUGUUGAGCUCCUGUUCUCCAACAAACCCGCGCAUCGGAGUUGGGCCUGGCAGGAGCUUCUUGAAGCACGCCAUUCUUUUCUCACCUUGCGCUGUGCAAAACAGUACAUGGGUUUCGUCUCACAGCGUUUGAUGCGUGCCCGUGAUUUGUUGAAAGCUGCGGUGAAAGCUGCAGGAGGUGAGACGGACGUAGCGCUCAGCAGCGAGAAAGAGUUCUCCAAGCUGCUUUACCACGCCCAUCACAAGAUGUUGGACUUGGGUCGCAUUCUGAAAGGAGGCUACCCAUUGGUUGCUCUCAGUGGCAUGGAAAGGCAACAGGUCCUUGAUAUUCGAUUGGGGAGGCCCAAGCUGAAAGAAGCUGAAGUCCUACUAGAACAAGCCGAAACUCAAAGAGCACAGCUAGUUUCAGACCUCAAUGCAGCUGAAACUGAUGGCACUUUGCCAGCUGAAGUCGAUGCACAAGCCCUGAUCCAGUGGCUUUGGAGUGUCCGUGUGAGAAUGGCCCGAGGAGUCGGAGAGAGGUAA